AUGGGGUUCGUCUGCUCACAUUACUUCGAUGAGCCAUGCAUUUACUGCUGCAUUUCGUGCAAGUCACAUCUCAGUCGCAACGACGAUCUCAAGAGCAAGUCAUUCAAGGGCAAGUUUGGAGACGCCUUUCUGUUUGACCAGGUGGUGAAUGUGAAAAAGGCCGAGCCCGUGCUCAAAAACAUGAUCACGGGGCAGUACCUGGUGCAGGACAUCACUUGUGCCCAGUGUGGCUCCGAUGUCGGCUGGACCUACGUCAAGAGCCUGGAGGAGGCUGAAAAGUACAAGGAAGGCAUGUAUAUUCUCGAGGUGGAAAAGAUAUGUCUUUCCAAGCGCGACGGCUUUAUGCGCGACAGCAGUGUAAAGGAGAGCACCAGGGGCGUUCAGUCGGUUUGGACCUUUUCAAGGGAGAGGUUGUAG